ACAAAGAUUUAGCCAGAAAGGUAAUUUAAAGUCACACAUGACAGUCCACACAGGACAAAAACCAUUUGAAUGUGAGGUCUGUGGAAAAAGAUUUAGCCAUAACGGUACUUUAAACAGACACAUGAGAGGCCACACAGGACAGAAACUGUUUGUAUGUGAGGUCUGUGGAGAAAGAUUUACUAAUUUAAACUUACACAUGAGAGUCCACACAGGACAGAAACCGUUUGUAUGUGGGGACUGUGGACAAAGAUUUAGCCAGAAGAGUAGUUUAAACAAACACAUGRUAAUCCACACAGGACAGAAACCAUUUGUAUGUGAGGUCUGUGAACAAAGAUUUAGCCAGAAGGGUCAUUUAAAGUCACACAUGCGAGUCCACACAGGACAGAAACCAUUUGUAUGUGAGGUCUGUGGACAAAGAUUUAGCUGGAAGAGUAGUUUAAAGUCACACAUGAGAGUCCACACAGGACAAAAACCAUUUGAAUGUGAGGUCUGUGGAAAAAGAUUUAGCCAUAAUGGUACUUUAAACAGGCACAUGAGAGGCCACACAGGACAGAAACCACAAAUUCAGGCAGUUGGGUUUGUCCCCAUCCCUGCCCAAUCUGGCCUAUAAUUUUUUUUAUAAAUAAGUCCAUUACCCUUAUUGUUAUUACCCUUUAGCAUUCUGAUCACUUAAUUGGCAUAGAACAUUUAGUGGCCUUGUAUCUAACUGAGCCUUACACUGAACGUGACCUACUUUCAGUCUUUUCUACCAAUAGCCUAUAUGCCACAGACAUUCGGUCCAGCACUUGAUGCCACUCCCAAUACUUCUGGUUCACGGUCAACAUGGUGUUAGCGAAAUAUUUUUUCACCCAACAAUGACUCUUAAUGAUCUCCA